AUAUAUAAAUAAAUGUGUGUAAGCAGUUUUGGCUUGUCCACUUAUGACCUAGUGUUUUGUUCCAAUAGCUCCAACUCUAUCUGCAACAAUGUUUGCAGGUUUUUUGUCCCAACCUGGAAGACCUAUACAUCCAUGGCCUUAAAAGCAUAAGUGCUCUAUGCUCUCACCAACUUCCAACUGACUACUUCACCAAACUUCAAACAUUGUUUGUAUCAUUUUGUGGAAAAUUGAGAAACUUGAUGUCUCCAUCAGUGGCCACAGGUCUUUUGAAUCUCCGAAUGCUAUGGAUACAAGACUGUGAAUCAAUGGAAGAAGUGAUCACAAAAGAGGAACAAGAAGGAGCAGGAAUCAUGACCUUAUUUCCACUCUUAGAACAGCUGCAUCUUAUUCGUCUGCCUAAGUUGGGGCAUUUCUUUCUGACAAACCAUGCCCUUGAAUUUCCAUAUCUAAGAAAUGUGGAAAUUGAUGACUGCCCUGAAAUGAAGACGUUUGUUCAACAGGGAAUAUCUGAACAAGAAGCUAGUGAUGACUACGAAGCUAGUGAUGACGACGAAGCUGAACCUAGUCAUGCCAGAAGUUAGGAAGCUGGUAAGAAAAACUCAAUGAAAUAAUGCAAGUAAAACCUUGAACAUCACCUGAUACCUAUGCUCGUGAUGGAGGUAAUUAACAAGGAGAGGCAGAUCUACAUUAUUGUAACCUAUCGGUUCAUGUCAACCUACUAGCUAUUGGCUAUAGAUCUAGUAUAUGUAUUAGUAAUAUCUAAAAAAUAGUUGAUUGUCAUAUAAACUUGAGGUCACUGCAGAAUUCUGUAAGCUAUAAAUUUGGAUCCGCCUGUGAUUCUAAGUUCAUCUUUCAUUAUAUUUAACAACUAAUAUGUAGAUUUAUUUUCUCAUGUCAUCUUGCAUUCUACAUUGUUUUGAAAGAUUGAUCACAUCA